UGAUGGCAUCUUUGAUAGAUCUGUGCCUGGGUCCUCUUGAUUUAUACUGUAUGUGUACAAACAGGAAAUCUCACCAAGGAUUUUGAAAGGGGGAAGAGCUUGCCGAUGUGGGUGGAGUUGAUGAAAUGGAAUGAGGUAGCGUGCAAGAGCAACAGUUAAACCCAUCCACUUGCUCCAGAGACUUGCUCAAGUCCAGGCAGGGUUGCUCCAGAGACUUGCUCAAGUCCAGGCAGGCUCAUCAACACAAGGCUAUACUCUUCAACCGCCCAACAACUGCUUUGACACGGGAAGACGAUGGCAUCCAAACUGGUGGCAGCCUUGGCUUCCUUCCUUCUGCUGUCCAGUGUAGGGGUGGUCAUUGCCAUCGCUAUAAUCCAGAUUUACAAGAUAACCUAUUUGUCUCCAGGAUUGAAGUAUGGGAUUGUUCUAGACUGCGGCUCCUCCCGCACCACUGUGUAUCUAUAUGACUGGCCGGCAGAGAAGGAGAAUGAUACUGGGGUCAUUAAAGAAAAACUUCAAUGCAACGUUAAAGGUCCAGGCAUCUCUGACCUGGGUCUUAAUUCAAGUCAAGAUAAAGAGACAUGGAUACACUUUAAGAAAUGUAUGGCACAAGUGAAACAAGGGAUUCCUGCUUCCGCGCACAACUCAACACCCAUCUUCCUUGGAGCCACGGCCGGGAUGAGACUGUUACAGCAUCAGAAUGAAACCGCUUCAAAUCAAAUCUUGCUGGAUAUGAAGAACUACCUCCAGUCAUUGCCAUUCCAAUUCCAAAAUGCCUCUAUUAUUUCUGGAGAAGAAGAAGGGUUGUAUGGGUGGAUAACAGUGAACUAUCUAAUGGAUAACUUUCUACAGAAAGACCUGUGGAACUCGUGGGUGCGCCCUCAUGGAGCUCAGACUGCCGGCUCCCUGGACCUGGGAGGAGCUUCCACCCAAAUAGCAUUCGCAACGACGGAUGAUGCCAGGGGGGAGGGGCUGACCAAGGUCGUCCUUUAUGGUUACGAGUACACAGUCUAUACGCACAGUUUUCUGUGCUUUGGGAAAAAUGAAGCCGAAAAAACUGUACUUGCAAAGCUUGUCCAGGGUUCUACCGACCCCAACAAUGUUCAGAAUCCCUGCUAUCCUCUUGGAUUCAACAUAACUAUGAGAGAAGACUUCAUUUUUGGCAGUGAGUGCACUAGGAAACUACGAGUAGCCGACUACAACCCAGAGAGGAACAUAACCAUCUUUGGAGGAGGAGAUGCGGCAGAGUGUAGAAAAGCUGUGAGACAUAUAUUUGACCUCAGCUCCUGCCAUGGUUCCCAGAAUUGCUCAUUCAAUGGAGUCUACCAGCCACCAGUGUCAGGAAAAUUCAAGGCCUAUGCAGGCUUCUACUACACUGCCUGGGCUUUAAGACUCAUAGGAUCGUCUACCCUUGAUCAGUUCAACUCUACACUGUGGUCAUUCUGCUCUAUGGACUGGCCAAACCUCAAGCAGAACUACAGCAUAACGGAAAAGCACCUGAAGUCCUACUGUUAUUCAGCAAACUAUGUCUACACGAUCCUUGUGGAUGGCUACAAAUUCAAUACUGAGUCAUGGGAUCAUAUCAGUUUCGAAAGACAGGUGAAGAAUACAAGUAUUGCCUGGACGCUGGGCUACAUGCUAACGCUCUCCAACAUGAUCCCAGCAGAGGCUAAACUUGUGCGUCUCCCGAUAGACAACACCCUUUUUGCUGGCCUCCUCUUCCUCUUCUCGGCUCUGAUCAUCAUCACUCUUGUGUUUCUCAUCAUCUUUCUCAUUAGAAUGUGCUACUAAUAUUGCACCUUAGUUCCCGUCCUUGAACCUCUUGACAUGAAGACUAAAGCACACAAAGCUUUUAAUAUCAAUUGGAAGAAGAUUACUGUAAUAAACCCAAUAUGUAGGUGUCCUGGUUUUUGGAGUGUACAUUAGAUUUGUUUUAGUUUGCAUGGACAUGUCAUUGAACAACAUUAAUCUGCAUGUCGAUAGCAAAGCAGGGCUAAGAUUCAGACAGGAUGUGAUGCAUAAUCUCUUCAUUCUCCAUCCAAACUUUUUUCAGUGGUAGAUAUGAGCAAUACAAGAAUUUAUUUUUCAAGCAACCCCUGGUCAGUAGUGAUGUGAGUAGAUGAAGAGGAACUGAUCUCCAAAAAAGCAUGUACACAUUUGAAGCAGGAUUCAUGUCUUAUUUUUGUUUUGUACAAUGUUAGAGUGCAAGAAGGAAAGGCACCAUGCAAACGUUUGGGCACCUCAAGAGAUUUGAGCUAUCAGAUAACUUUUUUUAAUCACAUUUCUUUUUAAAGAUUUAUUUUUGGGGCUUUUUGCCUUUAAUUGGAUAGGAUAGUAAAGAGAGACAUGAAGCGAGCUGGAGGGAGAUUGGGAGGAGUGGGAUGGGGAAAUGACCGCGAGUUGGACUCAAACCCCAUGGGUCCCCGUGGGCAUUCAGGCCCAUCCGUGGUACGGGUCUGCUGCUUGCGCCAGGGCUCCCCGAGCUAUCAGAUCACUUUUACCACGGUCUCAGAGCUUAAUUAGGUUCUUCUGGCUAUGGUCUCAGACCUUAAUUAGGUUCUUCUGGCUAUCAGAUCACUUUUACCAAGGUCUCAGACCUUAAUUAGGUUCUCCUGGCUAUCAGAUCACUUUUACCACGGUCUCAGACCUUAAUUAGGUUCUUCUGGCUAUCAGAUCACUUUUACCAAGGUCUCAGACCUUAAUUAGGUUCCUCUGGCUAUCAGAUCACUUUUACCACGGUCUCAGACCUUAAUUAGGUUCUUCUGGCUAUGGCAUCAGAUCACUUUUACCACGGUCUCAGACCUUAAUUAGGUUCUUCUGGCUAUCAGAUCACUUUUACCAAGGUCUCAGACCUUAAUUAGGUUCUCCUGGCUAUGGCAUCAGAUCACUUUUACCAAGGUCUCAGACCUUAAUUAGGUUCUUCUGGCUAUCAGAUCACUUUUACCAAGGUCUCAGACCUUAAUUAGGUUCUUCUGGCUAU